GUUCCGAAACAAAUAUUUGUUUAAAAAAAUGUCAAACAGUGAAAAUUUAGAACUUAUUAAAUUGUUACAAAAAAGACUGGAAUUAGAAGACUAUAAAGGAGCCCAAACAAUCGUAACAAAUUAUGACUAUAAAUGUUUAAAAGAAGAGGAUUAUGAACAGUUUGUUACGUUUUUUAUGAAAUAUCUUAACGAAGAUGUAGAGAAGAAAAAUAUUACUUUGUUUUUAACGAGUAAAUCAAUUCUGUGUGUUGUUUCAACAUGGUUCAAUCCUGAAACAGUAAUAAUAGAAUUAAUUCAAAAAAUACCGGAAUUAGUUGAUGAUUUGUCGUUUUUGUCACUGCUGGUUCCAUUACAAAAAGCUUUAUUAGGGUUACAUACUGGUAGGGAUAGUUUUUUAACCUGGAGCUUAAAUUCUAUACAGAAAUAUAUAGAAAAAUUGGAUAUCCCUGAUGAUAAUUAUAAUUUAGAUGAAGAAGAGAGACUUCUUAUGGACAGUGAUGAUUCAUUUGAUAAAACCACUCAUUUAUUGUUGGACUUGCUCCCUUUCUAUGAUCCACUAAUAAAAAAAUCAAUCAAUGAUGAAGCAUGGAGACUAAUUUUGAGUGUGUUCUUAGUAAAACUUCUAGGAAAGCCUUUGGCUUAUUUUGAUCUAACAUCAACAAGUUCAAAAAGUAGAGCUAGAAGAAUUGCUGAAGAAGUUGUUGAAAAGUAUAUCAAUAUUGAACCAGACAUCUACUUGCUUUUGGGUUCAACAAAAUAUCCAGAAAACGAAGAAAACAUAUGUUGUAACAAAUUAGCUGUUGCUGUUCUGUUUUACUUAAUACUUGUUGAACAUGUCUCUAUCGAGAAGAUUCCAAAAGUGUAUGAUCACCUAUUUGUUUUCCAAUACUCGUUGCAUUUAUUAGUAGAAUUGUUUACACAAACUAAUCAAUUUGCAACUCAGUAUGCCCUAGAAUUAACCAAUACUCUCUUAAAUUAUGUGCAAAAUAUCAGUUUGCCAUACAAUUUACUAGAUGAUGAUGUACAUUGCAACUUUUGCAAAAGUCUUUCUAAAGUUACAAUUUAUGAUACUUUAGAAAGCAAUAGGAAGAAAGCCUUACUACUGUUAACUAAAUAUUUAUAUACGUUUGAAAUUAGAGGCAGAUAUCUCAUAAUUUACAAUUUAGUUGAUAUUGUAAAUCAUACUGGAUUAAUAAGUUUUUUAAUAACAGAAUACAAACAGAUGUUGGUCAAAGAAUUGGACAAAAUUAAAGAUGAAAAUAAGGAAAUUUCACAAUUCUUCUCUGGCCAAAAACUGAACAGUUUGAUUAAUAAAUUCUGUUACUUACACAAAAGAGAAGAAAGUGAUUUGGUUGAACUGGCAGAUCAAAUAGUUGCAUCGUUAAAUUUUUUAAGAUAUCUAAUUAUUCGCGAUAGGGAUAAUGUAACUAAAAUUUGGGAUAUUCUUCCCAGAUUAGAAACUACCUAUUUUGAGCCUUUAAAGAAAGGUCUUGUAUUGUCAAGAGCACAUUACGAAUUAAAAAUUAAAGAAAUAAAUGAAGAGAAAGAAGACUGCAAAGCAACCAGUAAUAAUGAAGUAAGCAUUACUGUUGGCAAACAGACUUUACCAUCGAUGCCAAAAUCUGAGAAAUUAAAAGUUUUACAUUCUUCUGUCACUGCUUUUGAUGUGAUAGAAAGUGUACUUAGUCGCGUUAAGGAAUUAAUUAAUACCAGUAAUUUUUUAAAAGAGGAUCACCCAUGA